UUUCAGGUAGAUUAUGGAGCUACUGCAGAUGAGCUGGAGAUCCAUUUCAAUGGCUGUGGUCCUGUAAACAGAGUUACCAUCCUGUGUGACAGGUUCUCGGGCCAUCCCAAAGGCUUUGCUUACAUCGAGUUCUCUGAUCGAGAUUCUGUGCAGAGUGCCAUUGGUUUGCAUGAGACUGUGUUCAGAGGACGGGUUCUUAAGGUAUUGCCUAAGAGAACCAACAUGCCCGGUAUCAGCACCACGGACAGGGGUGGACACAGAGGAGGUCACACCAGAGGCAGAGGCCGUGGCUACCGUCCCCCCAGGUACCAGAACAGUUCCCGAGGUAGAUUCCGGUACCAGUCUUCAAGACCGCAGCACCAGUCCCCCCACCCUUACUAUGGAGGACCAUCAGCGGGAAAGAGACAGUGGGGUCACAUGGACUACCAUGAACAAACUACGAAACGUUACCCCUGCCUCCUUCUCAUCACACCACCAUCUGAGGAUCUCGGGGCAGCGUCGAGUGGACAGCACUACCCUCAGCAGCGUUAGCACUAGCAGAUGUUGGCUGGCUGGAAGGGAUUUUUAAACUCUAAAUGCUUUCCAGCAUAAUUUAAGUAUUGUGAUGCCUAGGAUUGACCAGUGUGACUCCUAGGCAAGAUCUGACAAAAGCUGACUGGGGUUGAUGCGAUAUAGGUUUGUUGCUGUGAAUGCAUGUGACGUUCCUCAAGUUGCAUCUGUUUUUAAAAAAACUGUGGUUUUGUUUUGUAAUGUAUAACCCCUCUGUGUGUAACUGACAAGCUCUUUGCUACAUGAAUAAAUAAAAAAUAAUUGAACACUCAA